AUUUUAUUUUGUAAUUAUUUUCUUACAGAUAGUGGGAGACUUACGUUGUAGAAACGCACACAAUUGCAUUAAAACUGAAUAAGAUAACUUCAAUUAACGUUCUAACGAUGUACGAUGAUUAUAUCGUAUGCCAUUCCCAAGAACGGUUCGACUUUUACUUGCGAUUCUUGCUUUGUAACAUUUGUAAAAGAUGAUCUCCGCUCAGGAAAAUAUUAGGGAUUCUAAAAACACUAUAGAAUUCAUCAUCAAUGAACAAAGUUACAUUGUAAAAGAAGAUAUUCCGCCUGAUACUACUCUGAAUAUCUUUAUUAGAGAUUAUGCUAAACUACGAGGAACUAAAGCUAUGUGUCUCGAAGGAGGUUGUGGUGCAUGUAUUGUGUCAGUAAAAGUUAAGGAUGAAGAUAUAUCUGUGAAUUCUUGUUUAGUACCAAUUCUUAUUUGCAAUGGAUGGGUCAUAAAAACAAUUGAGGGUUUGGGUAAUAAGAAAAAUGGUUAUCAUACUUUACAAACAGGAUUAGCAGGAAAAAAUGGUUCUCAAUGUGGUUUUUGCUCACCUGGAAUGGUAAUGAAUAUGUACAGUCUCUUAAAAAAAAAAAAUUUGACAAUGAAACAAAUAGAAAAUUCCUUUGGAAGUAAUAUAUGUCGUUGUACUGGUUAUCGACCGAUUCUAGAUACAUUUAAAGCAUUCGCCAAUGAUGCUGAGGAAAAUCUCGUUAAAGAUAUUCAAGAUAUUGAAGAACUAUUUAAUGUAAAAACUUGUAAAAGAAUUAAUGCAUUGCAUGAAAAUAGUUGUAAUUGUUGUUGCACAGUCAUUCAGAAGACAGAACAUAAAAUUGAUAUGAAAUUGGAUAAUAGUGAGUUUCAUAAAAUUCUAUCAAUUGAUGAUUUGUUCGCAUUAUUUCAAAAGAAUUCAAAUGCGAGCUAUAUUCUACAUGGUGGCAAUACUGCACAUGGUGUAUAUCGAUCGAAAAUACCAGAUAUAAUCAUUGAUAUAAAUGAUAUAUCUGAUUUGCGUAAUAUAAGAAAAGAUAAUGAUACUUUAACUAUUGGAGGCAAUGUCUCCCUUACUGUUGCGAUGGAAACUUUUGAAAAAUAUUCAAAAGAACCAGGAUUUAAAUAUUUACAGUAUUUGGCUAAACAUAUUGAUUUAAUUGCUAGUGUUCCUGUGAGGAAUAUUGGAUCUAUAGCAGGAAAUUUAAUGAUUAAAUAUGAGCAUCAAGAGUUUCCAUCAGACUUAUUUCUAAUUUUGGAAACUGCAGGGGCACAAUUGCAUAUAGUGGAAGCUGGUGGCAAGAAAACUGCCAUGACAUUACUUGAAUUUUUAAAUUGUAACAUGAAACACAAAAUUAUAUACAGUAUAAUAUUGUCGGCUCUUGGUGAGGAAUAUGAAUACAGAUCUUAUAAAAUAAUGCCGCGAUCACAAAAUGCUCACGCCGCUGUAAAUGCAGCAUUUUUGUUUAAAUUGGAUGGAACUGGAAAAGUAUUGGAGAAGCCAAACAUUAUCAUAGGUGGAAUAAACAAAAAUUUUCUGCAUGCAUCAAAAACUGAAAAUUUUUUGUUCGAGAAAUUCAUCUUUGAGGAGAAUAUAGUUAAACAAGCUUUGGAUAUAUUAGAUGCAGAAAUACAACCUGAUUAUGUUUUGCCUGAUUAUUCUCCAAAAUUUAGAAAAAUACUUGCAGAAGGACUUUUUUACAAAUUUAUUUUAAGUAUUAAACCAGAAAAUGUGAAUCCAACAAUCCGCAGUGGUGGAUCUAUUUUAGAACGUGGAUUGUCUUCUGGAAAACAAAAUUACGAUACAAAUAAAUAUCUAUGGCCUUUGAAUCAGCCUUUGCCAAAAAUGGAAGCUAUAUGUCAAACAUCGGGUGAAGCAUAUUAUACAAAUGAUUUUCCACCAUUUCCAAAUGAAGUUUUUUGUGCUUUUGUUCUUACUACAGUAGCUAAUGGAAAAAUAAAGAACAUUGAUGCUUCUGAAGCAUUGAAAAUGAAAGGAGUAAUAGCAUUCUAUACAGCGAAAGAUAUUCCAGGAAAAAAUUUAUUUAUACCAGCAAAUGCUCAACUAUUAUUCUUGAAUUUUGAUGAAGUACUUUUUGUAGAUAAAAAUAUUGAAUAUGCCGGACAGCCAAUCGGAGUAAUUGUUGCUACAACUUUUACAAUUGCUAAUCAAGCAGCACAAAUAGUAAAUGUUUCCUAUAUUGAUUUCAUACCAGAAAAAAUAUUAUUGACAAUUGAAGAUGUACUUGCAUUGAAUGAUAAUACCAGAGUAUAUGAAUCAGCUAGCUCCACUGCACAGACCAAAGGAAAUGAUGUGAAACAUACAAUAAAAGGAACAUUUAGAAACGGAAAUCAAUAUCAUUUUACUAUGGAAACUCAAACAUGUGUUUGUGUGCCAAUAGAGGAUGGAAUAGAUGUUUUUGCUGCAACUCAAUGGAUGGAUUUGACUCAAAUAGCCAUAGCUCAAUGUCUUGAUAUAAAGAAUAAUAGUAUUAACAUUAAUGUGAAGAGAUUAGGAGGUGCUUAUGGUGCAAAGAUAUCUCGUGCUACACAAAUUGCUUGUGCUUGCGCUUUAGUAUGCUAUAAAUUAAAUCGACCAGUUAGAUUCAUUAUGUCGAUAGAAAGCAAUAUGCUCGCUAUAGGAAAACGAUAUGAUACUCGUCAGGAAUAUGAAAUUGGCGUAAAUGAUAACGGUCAAAUUCAAUAUUUGAAUUCAAAACAUUGGGGCAAUAGUGGUUGCAGUUUUAACGAAUUUCAUGCUCCUACAGUUGUAGAACAAAUGAAAAAUUGUUAUGAUUACUCAACUUGGACUUAUCAAGGUUUUGAAGUUAAAACUGACUUGCCUUCCAACACUUUUUGUCGAGCUCCAGGUUCAACAGAAGGUAUAGCUAUAAUAGAAAACAUAAUGGAACACAUAGCAAAAACUGUUGGAAAAGAUCCAUUAGAGGUUAGAUAUGCAAAUAUGAUUGAUGAUCACAAAAAAGUAUUACAGCCUAUGAUAGAAGAACUAUGUCAGAAUGCAGAUUAUGAAAUCAGAAAAAAAGCUAUAGAUGUCUUUAAUGCUGAAAAUCGAUGGAAGAAGAAAGGAAUAAGUUUGAUACCUAUGAUGUAUCCUUUUAUUACUUUUGGUCAGUUUCAUGCAUUAGUUUCGAUUUAUGCACGAGAUGGCACAGUUUCUGUUACUCAUGGAGGAAUUGAGUGUGGUCAGGGAAUUAAUACUAAGGCAACUAUGAUGGCUUGCAAAGAACUAGUUCAGAGAUUAGAACCUAUUAAAAAAGAGUUGGAAAACUUUUCGUGGCAAAAAUUAGUAUUAACAGCGCACAUAAGAGAUGUUGAUCUAUGUGCGCGAUACAUGUUUACUGUAAAAGAUGAUAUAAAAUCAUAUCCAAUAUAUGGAGCAACUAUAGCAGAAGUUGAGAUUGAUGUAUUGACCGGACAACAUAUUAUACAUAGAGUAGAUUUAAUUGAGGAUGUUGGAAGAAGUAUGAAUCCAGAAUUGGAUUUGGGACAAGUGGAAGGUGCUUUCAUAAUGGGUCUCGGAUAUUGGAUACAUGAACAGCUAAUUUAUGAUCCGAAAACUGGUCAACUAACGAAUUAUAGAACUUGGAAUUAUAAACCACCAGGUGCAAAGGACAUUCCUGUCGAUUUUCGAGUUUAUUUCCGUAAAAAUGGUACUAAUUCAUUAAGUGUUCUUCGUUCAAAAGCUACUGGUGAACCACCAUUAUGUAUGAGUUAUGCAAUACCUAUUGCAAUUCAUAAUGCACUUAAUUCAGCAAGAAAAAAUGCUGGAAAUAAUGAUGUAUGGUAUAAUCGAGAAUAUCCUCUUACAAUAGAAAAAAUUUUAUUAAAUAGUUUAACUACUAAAGAACAAUUAGUACUUUAAAAAUUUUCAAUAAAACAUUUAAUAAUUUUCUUU